AUGACGGUCACUCAAUCAUCUUCCGGGGGUGCUCCAGAUUCCACGGAAACUGUCUUGGUGACGGGAGGCUCCGGCUUCCUCGCAUCCCACGUCGUCCGUGAGCUAUUACAACAAGGCUAUUAUGUGCGCGUCACUGUUCGAUCCAAGGCUAUGGUAAAGAAGGUCCUCCAAGCACAUGUUGCUAAUAGCCAACGACUUUCAUAUGUUCUCGUUCCCGAUAUGAUUGUCCCGGGUGCGUACGACACGGCUGUCCAAGGCGUCACCGGGGUGUUUCAUCUAUCUUCGCCCUGUACAUUUACCACAACCGACAACACUAAUGAGCUUCUCACCCCGGCUGUAUCCGGAACUCGAGGCAUCUUGCAGUCCAUCAAACAACAUGGCCCAGAUGUCAAGCGGGUUGUGUUGACAUCGUCAGUAGCCGCGAUGAUGGAUGCGACUGUUGACUUUGACCGUGGACAUCUUUAUACCGAAGACGACUGGGGCGAAACAACUUGGGACGAGGCAGCCAAGGGGUCAGCAGUCGUCGGAUACAUUGCUAGCAAACGGCUUGCUGAGAAGACGGCAUGGGAUUUUAUGGAGAAUGAGAAGCCUUCAUUCGACCUCGUCACUAUUUGUCCCUCAAUUAUCAUGGGACCGAUUAUAAUUCCAACCAAUAAUCUGUCUGCCAACCUCUCUCUUGGCUCUGUGUGCGCACUCAUGGAUGCUAAGUUGGACACCCCAGGAGAGACGCCAUUCCCUGUCUACGUUGACGUCAGAGAUGUAGCUAAAGCUCAUAUCGGAGCUUAUGAAGAAGCCAUUGCUUCUAAUCAAAGAUAUCUGACCUCAUCCGGCAACUACAGUCAGCAGCAGUUGGUUGAUAUCAUGAAAAACCACUUCCCUUCUCUCGAAGGGCGCCUCCCUACUGGAAGGACUGAGGAGAGUGAGGAGAUAGUUGGUAUAGAUAGCAGCAAGGCGAUCAGAGACCUUGGGUUUGCUCCGAGGAGUCUUGAAGACACAAUUGUGGACACUGUGCAGCGGCUUUUGGAAGUUGAAAAGAUUGGAAAUUGA